CGCAGAUUCGCAUUGUCGUGGAUGCUUUGUCUGUGGAAAAUACUAAAGCAGCCCUGAUCCAGAAAGGAUUCCGCAAAGUCGAAUGUCUAUCACUGCAGUAAUUUAUUAGUGCUAUGCCUGAAGAAGCACCAACUCACAGCAAUAAACACGCCUAGGUAACCAGGUACUCGAUUCCCGCCACGCGCUCCAAGCUAGCCAGUUUGUUGCGAGAAUCCAGCCCUCAAGGGCAUAACUGGCGAUUUAACCUCAGCUUACAGCUGUCGCGAAGGAGAUUUGUGCAGCUACAUCUGCUGCUGUACCAUUCAAAAAUGCAGUUCACCGAUGAAGAAGCUGUCCCGUUAAAGAAAUGGGUAGUCAAGAGGCUUGAAGACAUCUCUGAUGCGGACUCAGAUGUUCUGGCCGACUACGUGCUCGCACUCAUUCGUUCUGAUGCCUCUGAGGAAGAGGUCAGACAGGCUUCAGUUGAAAGCUUGGAGGAUUUCUUAAAGGAGCAUACCGCCAGCUUCGUCGAGGAUAUAUUUCAAAGCGUCAACGCAAAAUCGUUUCUGCCGAGUCACUCACCUCAGCCCCCUCAAGCUUAUGCUCCUCCCACAUACCCUACCGCUCCCGCUGCUCCAGUCCAUGAAGGUUUUAGCCAGCAUCCCGUAAGUUCAGGGGCAAACGGAAAACCAGAUCAGUCUCGGAAACGGCCUUAUAAUGAUCGCGAGAGUGCCGAGCCUAGCGAUGGUCGCGACCUACAUUACAGCCGCGGAGGCGGUGAAAGAUCAACGAAGCAGAUGCGUAGAGGUGGGGGACGAGGUGGCAGAUUCGAUAACUCUGGGUCCCGAAACUCAUGGCAAGGCGCACCACCCAGUCGAGACGUUCCUCCGCAAGGCCUCCCAGGCUUGAUCCAAACUCCGAACAUAGGCUUCCAAGGAAUGCCGCAACCUCCGCCAGGCUUUCCAUUCGAUCCAUCUGACCCAAUGACUGCGAUAUUAGCUAUGCAAGCGAUGGGCUUUCCUCCUCUACCUGGAAUGUCACCGUUUCCCACCGCAGGGUCACCGCAGGGAUUUGGUCAAAGUGGCCAGCGGUCAUCUGGCGGCGGAUUACCGGUUAAGAAAGUUGGGCAAAGGUGUAAGGAUUACGAUGAAAAAGGGUACUGCGGUAUGGGAGCAAUGUGUCCAUAUGAACAUGGGCAGGAGCACAUCGUGGUAUCAAGCCAGAGUGAAGAGUACGAUCCACACAAUUCUUCCAUUAUGACUGACAUCCAAUCAACAUCACGCAAUGGCCACGGGGGUGAACGUGGUCGUGGCCGCGGCAGAGGCCGGAAUGAUCGGGGUGGCUUUGCCUCAUCACGAAAAGGCCGGUCGGAGUAUUCUAUUGCCGGCCCUAACCAGGAUAGAUCUAUUACAACGAUUGUUGUGGAGCAGAUUCCUGAAGAACAAUGCAAUGAAUCAACUGUUCGGGCGUUUUUUUCCGAGUUUGGGAAUAUCCAAGAUAUCACGUUGCAGCCAUAUAAGCGCUUAGCGAUGGUGAAAUAUGAUGACUGGGCUUCCGCAAAACGUGCUUAUGACAGUCCAAAGGUUAUAUUUGACAAUAGAUUUGUCAAAGUCUAUUGGUUCAAGCCAGAGAGGCAUUCGACGCCUACCAGUGCCUCUGCAAAAGGCGAUGAACCGAUGAUCGAUCUUGAGGAGUUUGGGAAGAAACAAGCAGAAGUACAAAAGGCUCAUGAAGAAAAGAUGAAGAGGCUGAAGGAAACAGAAGCUGCGAGAGAAGAGCUCGAAAAGAGGAGAGAGGAGCUUCUACGCAACCAACAGGAAGAAAAGAAGAAGCUUCUGGAGAGACUGGCCGCCAAGACUGGCUCCAAGACCCCCAGUGCGAGUCCUGGUCCAACGGGAGAGGGUGCCUCUGAGGAGAGACAAACGACGGACGACAAGUCUGGCUCCCAAACUGAAGCAUUGAGAGCGCAGCUCGCAGCUUUGGAAGCUGAGGCAAAAAGCCUUGGAUUAGACACCAACCUUUCAGAGGAUAGCUACUCGACACGUGGGCGUGGUCGUGGAAGAGGCGUGUACCGCGGUCGAGGCGGUUACAUCCCCCGUGGUCGGGGCUAUAACCCAUACUCCGCAAGCUACCGCGGCGGAUGGGCAGGAGCUCGCGGCGGCAGAGGUGGGUCCUCUCAUAAACUCGACAACCGAACCAAGAAGGUUGCAGUAUCUGGUGUCGAAUUCGACGCUGCCAAGGACGAGGGCCUUAGACAAUAUCUUCUUGGAGUCGGCGAAUUUGAGCACAUUGAACAUAGCCCCGAAAAGCCAAAUUCCCAAGUCAUCACAUUUAAAGAUCGCGCUACUGCUGAAAAGUUUCUCUAUACCAGUUCAGAUAUUCCUGGUGUCGGCAAGGUAGAGCUUUCAUGGGUCAAUACGCCUCUUCCGCCAGUAUCCCUGCCGCCAAAGCAGCCUGAACAACCCUCACAAGACAACGACGCACAAAUGGGCGAUGGUGAUGCCACAGCCGCAGAUAGUGCUCGGCAUGCCGAUGUCGAUUAUGACGUUGCGGAUGAUGAUGAUCGGUGGAUGACUUGAUUGGGUUUUGUCCUUGCUUUUUUUUCAUGUGUAUUAACUGGAACGAACAUUUUCCCAUAGCGGGUUAUGGUUGGGUAUUCAUGGUUUUCACAGCAAGAUAUGCUUGCUUGCUUUUGUGCCUCGGUUUCAUCUGGCCCCGUCUUCUCAACCCCGUCUCUUGUCUCUGCGCAGCAGCACUUGGUACUUGCAAAAGCACAAUACAUUAGCGAAAGGAGAAAUACAAAGAAAAGUCUUGCAGCCUUUGAUACUUUUGCCCCCUCUUCUCUUUAUUUGCCUAAUACAUGUAGUCUUUUGGUGGUAGACUAGAAGUCAUAGCAAACCUCCUCUUGCUUUUUUGAACAUGAUCUAACUUAUAUAAUUCUGUGUCAUGUCUAUAAUAUGGCAG